UUUUAACGCCCAAAUCGGCACUCUUUCCUUAUAGAAAAACUCCCAUACUCACUCACUGUCUCCUCAUCUUUUCCUUUCUCUUUCCUUUCCUCUCUUUCCUGCGCUCUCUCUCUCCCUCCCUUUUGCGGUGACCCCUCUCUUCCCCUUUCUCCUGGGGUCGCCAUACCUAAAAAAAAAAAACUCCAAAAAAAUAAAAAACUCAAAAACUGAGAGGGAGACUGUUUUUUCAACUCAAUUUUCGAUUUCUUCUAAAUUAAAACAACAAAAAAAAAAAAUCUGAAUUCUAAUUAUAAUUAAUAAAAAACAAUCAAGCAGCUAUGUCGGAGAUGGCCAACACAGAUCCAGAAGGAAUCGACGGAGUUCGUAUGACAUGGAAUGUCUGGCCACGCACGAAAGUCGAAGCCAGUAAGUGCGUUAUCCCACUCGCCGCCUCGAUCUCUCCGAUCCGCCACCAUCCUGACAUUCCUACGCUUCCUUACUCUCCUCUCCGUUGCAAGACAUGCUCCGCCGUCCUCAAUUCCUUCGCCCGUGUCGAUUUCACCGCUAAGAUCUGGAUCUGCCCUUUUUGUUUCCAGCGCAAUCAUUUCCCUCCUCACUAUGCUAUGAUCUCUGAGACUAAUCUCCCUGCUGAGCUUUAUCCUCAGUAUACAACGGUGCAAUUCACGCUUCCGAACCCUGGCGUCAAUCCUAGUAAUCCAAUGAACCCUGCAACUCCUGCACCGGCGGCUUCACCUGUUUUCUUAUUCGUUCUGGAUACGUGUAUGAUUGAGGAGGAAUUUGGGUUUGUUAGAUCAGCUCUCAAACGCGCGAUCGGGUUGUUGCCGGAGAAUGCUCUGGUUGGAUUCGUGUCGUUUGGGACGCAGACGCAGGUUCAUGAAUUGGGAUUUGCAGAUAUGUCAAAGGUUUAUGUUUUUAGAGGCACUAAAGAGAUUUCUAAAGAUCAGAUAAUGGAGCAAUUAGGACUUGGCGUUUCGGGCAGGAGAGCUCCUGCUGGAUACCAACAGAAAGGGAUGCAGAAUGGAUUUCCAAAUACUGGUGUAACCCGCUUCUUGUUACCUGCAUCAGAAUGCGAAUAUACGCUCAAUUCCCUUUUGGAUGAGUUGCAAACGGAUCAAUGGCCGGUAGCACCUGGGAGUAGGGCUUCAAGGUGUACGGGAGUGGCCUUGAGUGUGGCUGCAGGGUUGCUUGGAGCUUGUUUGCCUGGGACUGGAGCCAGGAUUAUAGCUUUGGUUGGCGGUCCAUGCACAGAAGGACCAGGCACGAUUGUAUCAAAAGACUUAUCGGAUCCAGUACGUUCCCACAAGGAUCUUGACAAGGAUGCAGCACCGUAUUUUAAGAAAGCAGUAAAAUUCUAUGACAGUCUUGCGAAGCAGCUUGUUAGCCAGGGUCAUGUUUUAGACCUUUUUGCAUCUGCACUUGAUCAGGUGGGGGUUGCAGAAAUGAAAGUUGCAGUUGAAAGGACUGGUGGUCUUGUUGUUCUAGCUGAAAGUUUUGGGCAUUCAGUAUUUAAGGACUCUUUUAAACGCGUAUUUGAAGAUGGAGAACAGUCUCUGGGUCUCUGUUUCAAUGGAAUGCUGGAGAUUAACUGUUCCAAGGACAUUAAAAUCCAAGGGGUGAUUGGACCUUGCACAUCUAUGGAAAAGAAAGGACCUAAUGUUGCUGAUACAGUCAUUGGGGAGGGGAAUACUAGUGCUUGGAGGAUGUGUGGUCUUGACAAGAGUACUUGUCUGACAGUCUUAUUUGAUCUUUCAUCAAGUGAAAGGUCAAAUGCUCCAGGAGCUAUAAAUCCACAGCUGUACAUUCAGUUCCUUACAAGUUAUCAAAACCCUGAAGGUCAUACAAUGCUUCGGGUUACAACUGUUACUAGAAGAUGGAUAGAUAGUGCUGUUAGCUCAGAGGAAUUGGUUCAAGGGUUUGACCAAGAGACUGCCGCUGUGGUAAUGGCAAGAAUAACAUCCCUGAAAAUGGAGACAGAGGAAGGAUUUGAUGCCACUCGGUGGUUAGAUAGGAACCUCAUCCGGCUCUGUUCCAAAUUUGGUGAUUAUCGGAAAGAUGAUCCAGCAUCUUUUACAUUGAAUCCUUCUUUUUCAUUGUUCCCUCAGUUUAUGUUUAAUCUGCGACGAUCUCAGUUUGUACAGGUCUUCAACAACAGUCCUGAUGAGACAGCUUAUUUCCGCAUGUUGUUAAAUCGGGAAAACAUCACAAAUGCUGCUGUCAUGAUUCAACCGUCAUUAAUAUCAUAUUCAUUUAACUCUCUGCCUCAACCUGCAUUGUUGGAUGUGGCUUCUAUUGCGGCUGACCGUAUUCUCUUAUUGGAUUCAUAUUUUAGCGUGGUCAUUUUCCAUGGUAUGACAAUAGCACAGUGGCGUAACAUGGGUUACCAGAAUCAACCUGAACACCAGGCAUUUGCACAGCUAUUGCAAGCACCACAAGAGGAUGCUGCAUUGAUAAUUAGGGAUCGAUUCCCCGUUCCUAGACUGGUGGUAUGUGAUCAGCAUGGAUCUCAGGCAAGGUUCUUAUUGGCAAAGUUGAAUCCAUCAGCUACUUACAAUAAUGCCCAUGAGAUGGCUGCUGGGUCAGAUGUAAUUUUUACGGACGAUGUGAGCCUUCAAGUGUUCUUUGAGCACCUUCAGAGGCUAGCUGUGCAGUCUUGAUAGUAAAAACUUAUCUUGUAGGUUUUUUCAACUUUUCUUCCCCGUGUGUGAAUUUUGUAUCCUCUCGUUUCUCAUUCUGUUCCGUUCCAUUGUUUUCCUUUCUUUUCUAUCAUCUUAAUGGAGUGAAAUCGGGCCCCACUUCAUCGGGAACAAUAAGGAGAGUCAAACAUUAUUCUUUAGUGGGGCUGCGGACCCUUGAAACAAUUAAGGGACAGAUUGGUAGAAAGUAGUGUUCAUACAGAAAGAAAGGUAUGUAGGAAUGUGAAUUAAGAGGGAUACCUGCUUGAAUAGUGAGGGCCAAGAGCAACGUAUUUUGACAGUCGAUUUUUCUUAAUCCUUUUUGUAUUCACCUGGGUCAGAUGUGGUUUAUGUAUUAAGAUUUUAAGUUAAUACUGAAAGUGGGUAAUGUUACUUAGGUUAAAAGUUGAGUCAGUCAGUUUGAACUAUUUUUACAUAUUUUUUAGUUUUGUAACUCCUUUUUAUAUAUACAAUUUUCCUGUCAUUGCAAUUGUACUGUGUUAGUCGUUUUACUUCGAAUCCUCUUUGAGCUUUAAGAAGGUACGUACAAGUGUAUAAUCAAUUAUUAUCGUUA